CCAUCCAUCCAUUCAUUCAUUCAUUCAUCAUCUCCACAUAAAACACCACCCCAGUUCUUCACUUUUAUAUCUCCCACAAAGCUCAACAAAGAUAGGAAGAGAAGAAGGUAAUAGAGAGAAAGAGAGAGGGAUGAGGUCUCUUGAGAAGGAAAACUCAGUGAUUGAAGAGCUGAUGAAAGGAGAAGAGAAAGUGAACAUGCUAGUGAGUUUUUUUCCUGAUGAAAAGGCAAAGGAGUUGCUCAGGGAGGUGAGGAGCUCUAUCAUGAAAGCUAUCAGUGUUUUUAAUGAAUCCAGUGAGGUGUCAGAGGUUUGCCAAGAGUCUGAUCGGAGAAGUGAGAGCACUGGCAGGAAAAGGAAAGGGGUGACUGUGAAGGAAGGGAAAGGUGGUAGCCGGAGAAGGAUGAGCUCUUUCCCUUCCAGAAAGGUUGUUGCCAAGACUGCUGAAGAUGGUUUUUCUUGGAGGAAGUAUGGCCAGAAAGAGAUCUUUGGUUCCUCAUCCCCAAGGAGCUACUUCAGAUGCACACACAAGCAUGAUAGGAAUUGUCAAGCAACAAGACAAGUUCAGAAAUCUGAGGAAGAUCCAUCUAUGUAUGUUAUCACUUACAUGGGAGAACACACUUGCAAAGAUCCAAUUAAUGCUACUUCUCAACUCCUUGCAAGUGCUCCUCAUCAUGCUUCUUCUUGCUUGAUUAGUUUCGCCUCCGGUAACAACGGCGAGAACAUCGAAUUGCCUUUCGGUCCUUUCUCCUCAUUGAAACAAGAAAACGAUGAAGAAGUCUUAAGUAACAUGACUUCCGGGAGUUCACCACCGCCGGAGUUUACAACAUUUGAACAGAUGUUGCCGGAGAUGACACCGGAGGAGACUUCUGGUUUUGAUUGUUCUAAUUCAGAUUGUCUAGACUUGGGGAUGAUUCAAGGCUUUUUUGAUUUUGAUAGUAUAAUUAAUCAAGAAGCAAUGUUUCCCAAUUAAACUUAUUGCUUAGGGAGAUUGUAGGACUAGUUCUAGUUUUAUUAUUAGUCUUUUCAGAGGAUGUUGUGAUAAUAUAUAUAUAUAUAUAUGUACAGUUUUAAGCCAGCUUUUGAAGUAUUCAAGCUGCAGGUCUUUAUUGUUCUCUUAAGAUAUCAAACAUAUUACAUGCAAAUAAUGUCUCUGAGUUGUGUGAAAUAGAGGUUAGAACAAUUAUGAAACUGAAGUCUUUUAUGUGUGUAAAUCUUGUUUGUGAAUGGCAUUGUGUCUCAACUUUGAAGAG